UGUGCAAAGGAAAAAGCUCCAGUCAUCCAAAAGUUGGAUAAAUACUACUUAAAACUGCUGCUUCCCAUUACUCGUGUUAAAAGAAGGGAAGAAAAGGGAACAAUCUACGAAACAGGUGAAAGUUCUGCUACCACCUGGCAAUGAAGCCACAUUCGGUUUUGAUGCUCUACCUAGGAGUGCUGCUUCUCCCUGUAUCUGAAGGUAAUGGGCUUCCGGAGGUCAAGUCCCGCGAACGCCGGUUCUUGCUGGGAAACAUUCUUGAUUGGAACAAGCCUCCUUCCAGGGACAAUGAGGUCCCAGCAUCCCGCGACUCCUCUGUGGUCGAGCCAGAAUUGUUUUGCCAAGGCGGCUGCCUUGAUGGCUGGAUAAGUUACCUGGGCCAGUGCUACAUGUUUGUUCAGAAACGAGAGACAUGGGAAGAAGCUGAGAGAACUUGCCAACGCAAAGUCACAGGUGGACAUCUGACUAGCGUCUCAAGUGCAGAACACAAUGACUUCCUUGUGAGUCUGGCGACUUACCACGGACAACAGACGGCCCAGUUCUGGACAGGAGGAAGCCACAGAAAGGGAUCUUCGCUAGAAUGGACGGAUGGCUCCGGGGCAAAUUUCCUUCAGCGUCCACUGAGCUCAAUUCUUCAUGUUUUUGGGGAAGCAAUUAACAGUAUUCUGCACAGUCGCAUCUGCUUAAAGAUAAAUCUAGGAGGCCAGGGUAACUGGGACGGCUCUGAUUGCAAAAAGAAGCUACCCUUCGUCUGCAGCUACAAACCCAACCUGACACCCCCAUAAUCGCAACAGAAAAAUAAUGCAACCUCUUCUACUGAACCUGCUUUAACAAACACGGACACGGACAAAAUCAAGUUUUUUUGCUUAAGUGCUACUUGUUAAAUGUGGUCCAGAUAUUGACACAUGCCAUUAUUUAGAGUUCGUACUACUUAAAUAAAGUCUGGCUCAAUUUGAGUGCUUAACAAGAUCUAUGUGCCACUUAACCUCCAUGGGGAUUUGAGGAAUAUUGAUGAGAAACCUUUAAUUUAAAAAUAAUUACAAAUCAUUCAUUAAAACAUUACUUAUUUCACCAUUUAAUGGCCUGGUCAUACAUUUUAAAUGCUGAAAACACUCUCCUUAGGCGUGUCAGAUAAAUCCAUGAAGAGUUAAUUGAAUGCUGUUAUUGGGUUGAAAGAAAAAAGAAAUGGUUGUAGUUUUAAUCAUCAGUUCAAAGAAAAGUCACACAAACAUGAAAGGAAGUGCAAAUCCAAUGGAAAAAUCAUGGGUCUAUCAUUGUACACACAAAAGAUACAGAAAUUUGUCAACAGCACUGCUGAAUGCAAACUUGUUAUUAUGGUUAUGUAUGUUUAAUUGCUUUGCAUUAUACAUCACUGUGUCCUGUAUAAACAGACAGCUUCCCUUUGUUUUUUUCUUAAUUAUAACUUGUGUAUCAUUUGUUAGACAUAAUAGAUAUGUCUGCCUAUGUGAGGCACAAUUCACAAAGAUAUUCUCCUGAGCAGCAGCCAUGGGAAGAAAUAGGGCAAAGCGAAAACACAUCUCUUUGUGCAACGAUCUUGAUGGAUGUCUGGCAGAGAAGAACAUUGCAAUGGAUUGUGUUUAUAGUCAACAAAUGACAAAAGCGUUGACGGGAAUUACAAAAAAAAAAAAAAAUGCUCAGAGGUUAUCAGUAUUAAGUUGUGGGCGAACAUAUCAGACGACACAGCGAUUCUUCCAAAGCAGCUCUUUAUUUGUAAGCUGGAACAGAACUGAACUGAGGAGCUCAGUCAGCCUGCUUAUAUAGA